AUGUCUUGGAAGAGAAAUUAUUUUUCAGGGGGUCGUGGUAGUGUCCAAGGGAUGUUUACACCUCGAAGUUCAACUUCCAUAGCCCCCAGCAAAGGUCUCAGCAAUGAGCCAGGACAAAACAGCUGCUUCCUCAAUAGUGCCCUGCAGGUUUUGUGGCACUUGGACAUCUUCCGGCGUAGCUUUAGGCAGCUCACAACUCAUAAGUGUAUGGGAGAUUCCUGUAUCUUUUGUGCACUCAAGGGCAUCUUCAACCAGUUUCAGUGCAGUAGUGAAAAAGUGCUUCCAUCUGACACUCUCCGCAGUGCUCUGGCAAAGACUUUCCAGGAUGAACAGCGUUUCCAGCUGGGAAUUAUGGAUGAUGCUGCGGAGUGCUUUGAAAACCUCCUGAUGAGACUUCACUUCCAUAUUGCUGAUGAAACCAAAGAGGAUAUAUGUACUGCUCCACAUUGCAUCUCUCACCAGAAAUUUGCAAUGACGUUGUUUGAGCAGUGUGUCUGUACGAGCUGUGGCGCCACUUCAGACCCCCUGCCUUUCAUCCAGAUGGUACACUACAUCUCCACCACUUCCCUUUGCAAUCAGGCUAUUUGUAUGUUGGAAAGACGAGAAAAACCUUCACCAAGUAUGUUUGGGGAACUGCUACAGAACGCCAGCACCAUGGGGGAUCUGCGGAACUGCCCUAGCAACUGUGGAGAGAGAAUCCGUAUUCGCCGAGUAUUGAUGAACGCUCCCCAGAUUCUCACAAUUGGGCUGGUAUGGGAUUCUGACCACUCAGACUUGGCAGAGGAUGUCGUCCACAGCCUUGGCACCUGCCUUAAGCUGGGUGAUCUGUUUUUCAGAGUGACAGAUGACCGGGCCAAGCAGUCUGAACUGUAUUUAGUAGGAAUGAUCUGUUACUAUGGCAAACAUUAUUCCACAUUCUUUCUGCAAACAAAAAUCCGCAAGUGGAUGUAUUUUGAUGAUGCUCAUGUUAAGGAGAUUGGGCCCAAAUGGAAGGAUGUGGUGACCAAAUGCAUCAAGGGGCAUUAUCAGCCUUUGCUGUUGCUUUAUGCAGACCCCCAGGGCACCCCGGUGUCCACCCAAGACCUGCCUCCCCAAGUUGAGUUCCAGUCAUACAGCAGGACAUGCUAUGAUAGUGAAGACUCUGGGAGGGAGCCUUCCAUCUCAAGUGACACUCGAACAGAUUCCUCAACGGAGAGCUAUCCCUACAAACACUCCCAUCAUGAGUCUGUGGUCAGUCACUUCUCUUCUGAUUCUCAGGGGACAGUCAUCUAUAAUGUGGAGAAUGAUUCCAUGUCUCAGAGCAGUCGAGACACAGGACACCUGACUGAUAGUGAAUGUAAUCAGAAACACACAUCCAAGAAAGGGUCACUGAUAGAGCGCAAGAGGAGCUCUGGCCGGGUUAGGAAGAAAGGCGAUGAGCCACAGGCCUCCGGGUACCACAGCGAAGGAGAAACACUGAAAGAGAAGCAGGCUCCGAGGAAUGCCUCUAAACCAUCCAGCAGCACCAAUAGGCUGAGGGACUUUAAAGAGACAGUCAGUAAUAUGAUUCAUAACAGGCCAUCUGUUGCUUCUCAGACCAACCUAGGAUCUCCCUGUGGGGGCAGGGGAGGAGACCAGCUGGAAAAAAAACCUCCUAGGAUCCUGUCCUUGCACUCUCAGGACUGGGAAGUAGAGAGUACCAGCAGUGAGUCAAAAUCUAGUUCUUCUAGCAAGUAUCGUCCAACGUGGAGACCAAAACGGGAGUCUCUGAAUAUUGACAGUAUCUUUAGUAAGGACAAAAGGAAGCAUUCUGGCUAUACCCAGCUUAGCCCCUUUUCUGAGGAUGCAGCUAAAGAAUUUACACCGGAUGAACUUAGCAAGCCACCUGCUUAUGACAGUAAAGCUGGUGGACCCAGUCCCCGAUAUAAGCCCUGGGGCCCAGCACGUCCAGGCUCUCACCUUUUAGAGCAGCACCCUCGCCUGAUCCAGCGAAUGGAAUCUGGCUAUGAGAGCAGUGAGAGGAACAGCAGCAGCCCUGUCAGCCUGGAUGCCACUCUGCCUGAAAACUUGAAUGCCUGCAGGGAUCCAAGUGCUAAGAGAUCAGGUGGGUUGGUCCCUGCUUGGAAUCACAUCCCAAAGUCUCAUAGCAGUAGCGUCCUGGAGGUGGACGCCACAGCAUCCAGGAGUAGCUGGACAAAGAGUCAUCCUGUCUCAGGUGGAGAGGUAACUUCCAAAAGUGAACUGGAUGAGUUACAAGAAGAAGUGACCAGAAGAGCCCAUGAACAAGAACUUCGAAGGAAGCGGGAGAAGGAGUUAGAGGCAGCUAAAGGCUUCAACCCUCAUCCCAGCCGGUUUAUGGAUCUGGAUGAAUUGCAGAAUCAGGGAAGGAGUGACGGCUUUGAGAAGUCCCUGCAAGAGGCAGAUUCACUGUUUGAAGCGUCACUGCAUCUGGAACAGAAGGGAGACUGUGCUGCAGCUUUGGCUCUCUGUAACGAAGCUAUCUCUAAACUAAGACUUGCCCUGCAUGGUGCCAGCUCUAGCACGCACAGCAGAGCCCUAAUCGAUAAGAAGUUGCAAAUCAGUAUUCGAAAAGCACGGAGCCUGCAGGAUGGCAUGCAGCAACAACAGUCCUCACAGCAGCCGGUGCAGCCCUCAGCCUGCCUCUCAUCACAAGGGGGGGCCCUUCCUCAGCCGACAAGUGAACAACCUAUCCCGCUCCAAGUAUUGUUGAGCCAAGAGGCCCAGCCGGAACCGUGCACAGACACAGAGUUCGGGGCCAGUUCUUUCUUCCACUCACCUGCUUCCUGCCAUGAGUCACACUCAUCAUUGCUCCCAGAGAUACCUGCCCCAUCUGCCCCACAGCACAGCUCUUCUAAUAGAUCUGCCUCAAGCCUUCCGACUUUGGUUGCGGCAGAUAGCGUUGACCCUUCUGCAUUCCACAGUCAAGACUUACUGAAAACACCAGGGAGGACUGCAAAGAAUUCUUACCAUGGUUGGGAGCCAUUAGCCACCCCACAAUGUAAGCUGCAAGGCUCUAGAGGUGACAACAGCGGUUGUAGCAGGUGCCCCCCACAGGAAGGAAGAGCCACUGCUCAAGAACAACUGUUUCAAGAAAAGAGGGUUACUGCUGAUCCAUCCAUGGUGCUGCCUUGGUCACACCCGGCUGGAACAGCCCCCUCUGUAAGAGGUGGAGCACAUAGUCCUCCAAGUUCAUCAUCUCAGCCAAGUCUUCCCCGGUUCAGGGACUGCUACCCCAUAAUGCCUGCUACUUCUUCAUUUGUGCUUCUCUCUCCUGAUCCUGUGCAGAAAACUAACCAAUGCCUCCAAGCCCAAAGUCCCCAAACUUCAUUGACUUCAAAAGUGGGUGGAGGCAGUGAGGAGCCCUGUAAGGCAGAGUUUCCCAGCACAAAGGGGCUUGUCCGCUCUCUGGCAGAGCAGUUCCAGAGGAUGCAAGCUACUGCCACAAAGGAUGGCAUAGAUUCCCAGGAUAGAAGUUUGCCAAAUAAUGUAAGAAAGAAUUCUUCCCCUUCUGAAUCUAAGUCCUUUUCCUCACCGGAUCAAGGGAAAGGCCACUGGUCUUGGGCAAAAGAGCCACCCUACCGGGAUGGUAGGGACCGACUACCUUCUUGGGAAAAGCCCAGUGACCAUCAAUCUCUGGUCAGGAACUCGGGGUUGUCUGCUGGUGAAACUUCUAGGGGAGGACAGUCCAGGUUGGUAGAGUCGGGUACAUACAAAGGGAAGCCAUCCCAAGUGACAGAUGUUAGACCUAAGGAGUUGGACAACCGUGUUGAUUUGGGGACUUCCUUGCCUUUGGAUUCCUGGGUGAAUGCCACAAAGCUGUACGAUUCUCAACUUAAAUAUGGGGUCCCUGGGCCAGAAAUGAAGUCCUUCCCCCACGACUCCCAUGCCUAUCCAGAGAGAAACCACAUCCUUUUGCAUCCACAUUGGAACCAAGACACCGAGCAGGAGACCUCAGAAUUGGAAUCUCUCUACCAGGCCAGUCUCCAGACUUCUCAAGCUGGCUCUUCUAAAUGGGGGCAUCAGGAUGUGCCCUGGCACCCAUUUAGCCAAACCGGCGCUGCAGAUGGCAUGGGGAGGAAGCUGCACUCAGCCCCUGGCCUUGGUCUGUCCAAGACCCCAACAGCGGAAAUGGAGCAUGGUCUCUGUGAAGCCAACACAGUGCCUGCUUCUCAGGAGUCAUCAAACAUGAGGAAAAAACCUUUGGAAACCGGGCACCGUUGUUCCAGCUCCUCUUCUCUCUCUGUCAUCCAUGACCCUCCUGUGUUUCUCCUUGGUCCCCAACUCUACCCUCCCCAACCACAGUUCCUGUCCCCAGAUGUCCUGGUGCCCAGCAUGGCAGGGGAGCCCCAUAGACCCCCAGGAACUUCGAGGAAUGCCCAGCAGUUUCUGGCUGUGUGUGACAGGGGUGAAACUUCCCAAGGGAUCAAAUACACAGAAAGGACUUUGAGCUACCGGAGUCUCCCACAUCGCUCCAGGACAGAUUCCUCCUGGGGACCCUGGUCAGAGACUAACCCGCAUCUUGGGGCCAGAUUUCUGACAACUCCAGGGUGCCAGCCUUCACUAACUCACACUGCCAUACUACCAGAAAGAUGCCAGGGACUUCCGGUUCCUCAUGCACAAUCCUGGGGGGAUCUUUUCCACAUGCCCUCCCACCCUCCCAUUGUUCACCAUGUGUCCUCACAGUCCUGCAGUCUUCAUGUACCCCAGAGGUCAGCCUGGAAUUCGGGUCCUGUUCCAGGGUCCCGAGCUCCUGGUCCUCGAAGAGUAGAUAUGCCUCCAGAUGAUGACUGGAGGCAAGGCAGUUAUGCCUCCCAACCUGGACACAGGAGGACAGGGGGCGAAGGACUUCUGUUCGUUCUAGCAGAUGCCCCCAGAAGAGAGCAGAUGAGGGCCAGAGCCCUGCAGCACAGUAGGUGGUAA